GGUACCUAAGGUGGGACUGUUAAAAGAUGUACAGUAUGGUUUCCCCGUUACUUGUGUAAAAGGGGAGUUGGGGAAGCUGACAAACUACAGGUCCCAGGAUAUCUUAAGACCUGUAGCUAUUAACAAAGGACCUGUGUGGUACUGCGGUGCUUCCUGGGAGAUGUAGUUUCCUGGGAAUCGAAAGCUGGGUUUCUCACUGGCGGGCAGUGCACCUUUCUUUUUGAAGGUUCUAGCCCGCCUAGACUGACACUCCCGCCCGCCUGACCUCCUUCAUACACCAUACCCGGCUCUGUCCUUGCUUCAGGCCACUCCUAUUCUUCGGCUGACCCCUGGUGGUCACGUGGAGCAGCUCGCCACGCAAGUUUGGGUCCUUCUGCGAUCCACCGGGGUCCUCACUGCCUGGGAGCCGCUCCUAAAGCUGCCUGUUCCCGCGAGAGUUUGGAGGGGCGGGUUUGGGGUCGGUCUCUGGCGUGGGGCUUGCACCGCAGCGCAUCGGAGCUCUGCUUGGGCUCCCAGUUAAGGUGCAGGGAGCUGGGUCAGGCGGUCGCCGGGGCACCCCGUGUCUAGAAAGCGCCGGAGCGCUCUCUGGAGAAGCCCGGACAGCCCCGCUCCCCCAGCCAGGUGCUAGGGUCGGGAGCUGAAAGUGAGAGUCCGGCCGUCUUCCAGCGCCUGGGCCACGGCGGCGGCCCUGGGAGCAGAGGUGGAGCAACCCCAUUACGCUAAAGAUGAAAGGCUGGGGUUGGCUGGCCCUGCUUCUGGGGGCCCUGCUGGUAACUGCCUGGGCUCGGAGAAGCCAGGAUCUACACUGUGGAGCUUGCAGGGCUCUGGUGGAUGAACUAGAGUGGGAGAUUGCCCAAGUGGAUCCCAAGAAGACCAUUCAGAUGGGUUCUUUCCGAAUCAAUCCAGAUGGAAGCCAGUCAGUAGUGGAGGUGCCUUAUGCUCGCUCAGAGGCCCACCUCACUGAGCUGCUAGAGGAGGUAUGUGACCGGAUGAAGGAGUAUGGGGAACAGAUUGACCCUUCCACCCACCGAAAGAACUAUGUACGUGUAGUGGGCCGGAAUGGAGAAUCCAGUGAACUGGACCUGCAGGGCAUCCGAAUUGAUUCAGACAUCAGCGGCACCCUCAAGUUUGCGUGUGAGAGCAUUGUGGAGGAAUACGAGGAUGAACUUAUUGAAUUCUUUUCCCGAGAGGCUGACAACGUUAAAGACAAACUUUGUAGUAAGCGAACAGAUCUGUGUGACCAUGCCUUGCACAUAUCCCAUGAUGAGCUGUGAGCCACUGGAGCGGCCCAGACUGACAGGCUUGAUGGAUCACCCCCAGGAGGGGAAGAGAGUGGCAAUGUCUUUUAUAUUAUGUUUUUACUGAAAUGAACUGAAAAAAAUGAAACCAAAA